UUUGAAUUCUUGAAUCUUGCAGGAACACAAAAUAAAGAAAAGCAAUGCCACCCGUUAAAAGUGAAAAAAGAAAAGCUGAAGAAGACACCAUAUAUAUAACAAGAAAAGAAGCAUCAUGCUAAGGAGAGAGAACACUAAUAGAAAUUAAUGGAGCAAAAGAGGGAGAGAGAGGUUCGGGUUUAGUACUGUGGUCUAAGCCUUAACAUAUAGAGAUUUUAAUUAAGCCAAGGAGAUGUAUAGGUUUAGCAACACAGUAAUUGGUUUCUUGAAUCUUUUCACUCUCUUAGCAUCCAUACCAAUAAUUGGUGGAGGUUUAUGGAUGGCAAGGAGUAGCACAACCUGUGAAGGUUUCCUCCAAACUCCACUCCUUGUUGUAGGCUUCGUCGUGCUUAUAAUCUCACUAGCUGGCUUCAUCGGUGCAUGUUUUCAUGUAGCAUGGGCACUUUGGGUCUACUUAGUAGUCAUGUUACUCCUUAUUGCAACCUUAAUGGGUUUGACUAUAUUUGGCUUUGUUGUCACUAGCCAAGGCGGCGGUGUGGAAGUGCCCGGUAGGGUUUACAAGGAGUAUAGACUUGAAGAUUAUUCUCCAUGGUUAAGAAAUAGAAUUAAAGAUCCUGAUUAUUGGAGAACAAUUAGGAGUUGCAUAUUGGGUUCUAAGACUUGUGCUAAACUUGCCUCUUGGACUCCUCUUGAUUAUCUAGAGAAAGACAUGUCUCCCAUACAGUCUGGAUGUUGUAAGCCACCAACUUCAUGUAACUACAACAUGGCAACAGCGGUGCCUCAGGACCCAGAUUGCUAUAGAUGGAACAAUGUCCCAACUUUACUGUGCUACGAGUGUGAUUCGUGCAAAGCUGGAGUUCUUGAAGAUGUUAGAAGGGAUUGGCGCAAGCUUUCAGUUCUUAAUAUUGUGAUGGUUGUGCUUCUGAUUGGAAUUUAUUCGACAGGAUGUUGUGCUUUCCAGAAUACAAGAAGGGCUGAAACUGAUUACCCCUAUGGUGAAAAUCGGAUGACCAAAGUCCGACCCAGAUGGGAUUAUUACUGGUGGAGAUGGUGGCAGGACAAGAGAGAACAACUUUACUAGCUGGAGUCCCGAUGAUCUUUCAAAAAUCUCCUGCUUGUGUUAUUUUUCAGUGUCUGGGACAAUUCAGUUGUUUUUCAGUGUAUGGGGGGCAUCUUGGAAGUUUCAAGGUCACCUUUCACAGUCCUUUCAGAGUCUUUUUCCCCCCCUGUACACGGAUGGAUUUACCUUUGUUUUCAAAGAUCACACCAGUAUCUUUCUUUUACUUUUCUGCCUUUUGACGUUAUGCAGGUUAAAUACACCCACUAAGCUAUAAUUAUAUUCACGAGUUUUCUUGUUCUUGAAAUGACACGGGCUGUAUUUCAUAAUUAA